GUCGUGCGAAGGUCUUUCAGGGACGAGAGCGAGCAUCGCACAGUGAGAGUCUGGUAGCCUCGGUGAAGGUAAAAUCAGAGGGACUUCGUCGAGGGUUCGCCACUUCAGUAAAUGACAAACGGAUUCUUGUAUCCCCAUGCCUGAAAAGCGGCCGAUGACCCUGUGACGAAACUUCGGCUCUGCCUUGAAGUUUUUGCCACCAUCAAGAAUAAACCACCGGGCUCGUCCGUCUCUGCGUUGGUGGCGCCCACGGACCCGUCGCGGAAAUAAAUUCUGCGUUGACCAGAGCAUCACACGAUGCGACGGGGGGAUUCUACCUCAAGCGCCGCGGGUCGGUUUGAGUACGGCCAGCACAACGUUUCGCUGCGCGGGAGCGAUAAGGAUCCGAUCGUGCGGAAAAGCACGAAAAAGUUCAAAGGAGCGGAUCCCGUCAAAUUCCCCCUGGACGCGCUGGUCGAAGACGGCGUGCCGUGCCUCUUUUAUGACCCGAAGCUGGAACGUAUGAGAGUGCACAACUCCUCCUCCCCCUCAUUUGUCAUGCAAAAUUCCCAAUCCACCCUUUGCCUCUUGGCACUGUUUGCAUGACAAGUUCUGGUAGCCCAAGUAGCACUACGCUCCAGUGCAAAUUUGUCAUGCAAAGCCGGCACUUUUGAUGAUGCUUGUAUUGCCGUUCAUGCUAUGCAAAUGAGGGGGAGGGGGAGUUGUGCACUUCAUAGAACGGUUCGAGAUGCGGGUGAUUCGCCUGGACGCCAAGUUCUUCUUUCUAUCGAGAGGAAAAAUUCCCCCUCCCCAUAUUGAAAAGGUAUGUUUCCAAAAAUUUGCGUUGGGGAUUUGAGGUCACAAAUCAUAUCUGUCUUGCAAGAAGACAAGGGCAGAAGCUUCCGCCCCAUUAUGGAAGCGGUUUGUCAUGCUGUUGGGCCUAAAGGGGGGCCGUUUGCCAUGCUGAAGUACUAGACCCGCACGCCCCUACCUAGCCUGGGGAUCUGGCCGCAGUGCCUCUCUGCAAUACAAGGCUGAUUUGUGGCCACAAAUCAGCAUCACAAAUCUCCGUUUUGAUAUGGGGAGGGGGGAUUUUUCAUUUUGAUACUUUCUCUACGUCCUGCACAAGGACAGUGCAGCCGCGCAAGCGAAGAAACUACCCGCACGGGUAUCUUGUAUUGGUUAUUGAUUUGCGGGGGCCCUUAAUUUUAGAGCAUCGUCCGUUUCUUUACACAGCAUUCUUGUUUCAGUAUGCGGUGUUUUCGUUAGACAUCUUUUUUCGCGCACGUGUCUUGUUUCAAUGAUCUAGACAGCCGACGACAGCAUGCAAAAUCUCCACCCUGUAAUAUUAAGGUAGCAGACGAGGAACUCUCCGCCAUCGUGCGGCUCGUGAGCAUCCGCAAGAUUCACUCGGGCGAAGAGGGCGUCGCGAAGUGCAAGGCGCGGGAACUUUCGCACGACCUUCUGGGACCGGACACGGCCGUCGUGCUGGAGUACGACCCGCGGGGCAUCUAUGGGGGUGUCAGGAUCGAAAUCGACAAUGUCAAAAAAUUUGUGAUGCGUAAAAUGUAGGGCACGCAUGGUUAGAAGCUGAUGCUUCAACUGGUAUCGAUUUUAGGCAUCGCAAGUUUUUCGAUUUUGUCAAUUUCGGUGGGUCCUGACACUUCCAUAGCAUUUCUGACGCGCAGCUGGGCGCCGAGUCCGCCGCCGCCUCCCCCACGUCGCCGACGGGGGAAAGGCUGCGCAACCUGGGAUCGCGCGUCGCGUCCUUUUUCGGGGGCAGCCCGGCGAAAUCCGAGAAGGAACACGAGGACGAACACACGGCCUUCGUGUACUUUCUCGCGGGGCCCAAACAGAAGCUCGCCGACGUGAUCCAGAACGCCCUCGGCUCGGUGGACUUUCAGGCCCAGGCGCUCGCGGGUGCGAAGCUGGUGCAGGGCCUCUUUCGGCUGAAGCGGGCGCGGCACACCAUCAAGCAGAUGACCAAGGUGAAAGUGGUGGACCGGAUCUUCGUGCGUGGGGGUGCGGAGCAGAUGCUGCAAAACGUGUACGCCGACGACCUCGGGGAGGAUGUGGUGGAAGUGACCUUCAAAAACGCGGACCUGCACAAGUGGAAGCCUUUCACCUUCGCUGUCUCGGACUGGGGGGACGGGAACAUGACCGAAAAGGCUGCUACCAUCGCAGCGGAAACCGGCUGCACAAAAACCUGCCGGACGCGCUUGCAGCGAUUUCUGGCUGAGUAUGAUAGAGAAUAACUUUUUUGAUCUUCUGAUCACGCUUUAUUUCUUUGCCGAAAGGUUUUUUUUUGCUUCACAGCAACAUGAAUUGAAUACGGAACAUCAUUUGAAAAAUGGAAUAAGAUGUCAACUCUUCUACCUCGCUGCGCGCAAAUUCGACCCGGUGGCGGUACGGUUUUUCUUGGAAGACAAGGACUCACUGCGCAUGCGGACCCCGGACGCGGUUUUAGAUUCGUUGGAGGAGGACGUCGCACAGCUGACGCAUUCGUUUUCCGGGAACUUUGCGGACCGGCGCAUCGAGAGCGCGUUGACGCGCACGACCUGGCGGGCGCUGUCCCAGCUCGUACGGCUGGAGCGACUGUACGCAACGACUUGCCCGUCCGCACCACUUGCGCGUGGCAUUGACCUGCCGGCUCCGGAGCCUGAUGUGCUGUCCCCCCCACCGCCGACCUCCUCCGCAACAGCGUUAGCCGGGACAACCGCGCGUAGUACAACAACCCAGGCUGAGCAGGCAGCCGUGUUCGCCGACGAGUCGGGAUACGAUCCGAGACGCACUGUUACGACUGCAGCGGACGAAAUCGUGUCCAAAGUGGAGACGACGACCACACAGGAACCGGCGUCCUCCGCACCAACUGGUGACGCAGGUAAGUACUCUAUUUUGGUGAUAGUGUGUUCUCAUAGAGCACGGAGGAAGCAUUUCGUUUUGAAAAGACAAACGAGCCUCAACAUCGGAGGAAGGGGAAUGAUUAUGCACAACACGACAGGUGAGGAACACUACCAAGUAGCCACGGAGUACGAUCUGUCGGCGCACCAGACUACACAGGAGGUGUCUGACCUCCAGGACGUACUCGCGGCAAAGAAGUUGAAAGACGCCACAAAAAAUAAAGAAAAGGACCGGGAAGGGGGACUUCCGUGUUGUGCGUGCC